GCAGCGGCUUCUUCAUCGUCGCCCCGGACUCGGGCAUCUUCCAUUGUCCGCCCCUCGGGGCUCCACUGUACGCAUGUGUGCUGUGUAGAAUGUGCAGUAUGUGCGGCUUAGGGUCGCUGGCAACGGCUUCGCGGACAGCUCAAGCGAUCAGUUCAAAGUUGACUUCGUCGCGGACCAGAGCGGACCGUUCUAAUUCCGACACGCGACCGUGAAUUAUAGAAUUACCAAAUCAGUGUUUAAUUUAAUUUAAAAAAAUAUAGCCAAUAAAAAAGUGCAAGUAAAAUGUUGCCCCAUAAGUGCUCAAUUUUGAGGUGUUUGUUUGUGGGCUUGAUCCUUGGCAAAGUGCAAGCUGAGCUGGAUUUUAACAACGAUCUUGAGAACAGCCAAAGGUUUAAAAGCAUACCCACCACAGUGAAAACCUACGAGAACGACACAGUCCAGCUGCCUUGCACCUUAAAUACUCCCUUUCGCUAUGUCCGUUGGCAUCGAGACGAUGUGGCCCUGGUGGAUUCCAGGCACCCGGAGAUCCCAAAGUUGGAUCGCAUAACGCUCUGGCCGAAUGGCAGCCUGCAGGUGGCCAACGUACAGUCCAGUGACACCGGCGACUACUACUGCGAAAUGAACUCGGACUCGGGUCAUGUGGUGCAGCAGCACGCUAUUGAAGUGCAAGUGGCUCCCCAAGUGUUCAUUGAGCCCUCCGAUCUCACGGAGCAGCGGAUAGGAGCCACCGUUGAGGUGGUGUGCGAGGCCCAAGGAGUUCCCCAGCCGGUUAUCACCUGGCGGUUGAACGGAAAAGUCCUGCAGCCGCAUAGCAGUACGGGAAAUCGGCAAAGCUUGGUCCUGGACAUCAAGUCGAGGAACCAGGCAGGCCUCAUUGAAUGCGUGGCCAGCAAUGGAGUGGGUGAGACUGCGGUGGCCAGUGUCUAUCUACAUGUGUUGUUUUCGCCCGAGGUGAGCAUGACGCAACCGGUGGUGUACACCAAACUGGGUGCCCGUGCCCAUCUGGAGUGCAUUGUGGAGGCGGCACCUUCCGCCACGGUGAAGUGGUUCCACCAUGGAUUGCCCGUGGCCCUGGGAGCCCACUCCAGCAGUCACGAGUCGGAGCUGCAGGCCAACCGCUCGCUGGAUCACUACGUGAACGCCGUUCGCCACACGCUGGUGGUGAAGAGCGUCCGGAAUGCCGACAUGGGGCAGUACGAGUGUCGGGCCAGCAACGCCAUAGGGAUCAAAAGCGGAAACGUCGAGCUGACCGGCCGCCCGAUGCCCUGCCUCUUCAAGAUCAACCCGGGCACCCAGAGCUCCACGUCGCAUGUCCUUGUGUGGCAGACGGAGAGCCAGCUGCCCAUCAUGGAGUUCAAGCUCAAGUUCCGGCAGAUUCCGUCGAACAAUGUAACCCGCCAGAUCAGAACAAACUGGACGGAUCUCACGAUUCCUGCGCAGUCCACAAACGGACUCAUCUACAUCACCACGUACACUCUACAUGGCCUCCAACCAGCAAGCCUGUACGAAGUUUCCGUACUGGCCAGAAAUAGUUUUGGUUGGAGUGACAACAGCAAGAUCGUUCGCUUUGCAACUGGUGGUGAAGUUGAACUACCAAAUUAUUCAACAGAAUCUGAGCUUCAGGAGGAUUUUAUCGAUGAGGACUUUCACAACGAGAUCACGCAAAGAUCGGAGGUUCUAUCGGCCAGCAUGAUGUUCAACUCGGGCUCAGUUGACAAAGUCAGUGGCUUAAUGUAUUCCAUAUGUCUAAUGAAACUAUUACUAUUAUUUAGUUAGGUUUAACUAUCACAAAUUAUGUUUCUUUUACUAAACUCGCUUUCUACGCAACAGCAAAUAAAAAACUUGUAAUGAA